GACUCCACUACGACUUUUACAACCGACCCUCCUGCAGAUUCGACGACAAGGGAACCCGUAUAUCAGAGUAUCAUUCCUUCGCAAUAUGAUACGAGGUGCCCUUGGGUACAUCUGAAUUUGUCCCUUCCUUGUGGCGAUUUUCUUCAGUGCGAAGAUGAUGGAUCUUGUUCCGAAAAUAAAAUAUGCUGCCGCAAUGAAUGUGGUAGAAUGGAGUGUGUAUUUGAGAUAAAGGGGACACGUCCACCACUUUUGAAAGAGGAGGAAGUAUCAGAGCCCGAAUCGGAAAGCGAGAUACCAGAAGACCAGCCGCCACCGAUGCUCAUUUUGCCAUUUUUGGCGGCCGGCGGCCUCGGUUCCUGCUGUACGAAUCCCCGAGGACCUAGCCGCUGUGAAGAUACGUGCAUUCCAUGGUUCCCCAUCUGUCCGAAGGCCCAAAAAUGUAUGCUCAACGACUGCGGAGUUUGGGAGUGCACGGACACAACCAACGAAGAGGGGCUAGCAGAGGUGGAAAAAGAGUUAGUUACACCGAUCCCGGAAAACCUCUAUGAUGAAAUCCCAGAACCGCAAGUCGACGAAGAGUCGCCGGUAGACAGCCGCACACCGACAACAGAAUGGAGUCCGCUGUGCCCGAAGCCGGACCUUCGGGGCGGAGAGCCCUGCCGUGACGCGUGCAACCCCCGGGGGGAGCCCUGCCCGGGGGGCCGCGUGUGCUGUCCCAACAAGUGUGGGUACGGCGAGUGCACGGAUGCAGUCGUCGGGGAGCAGCCCGCGCGAACGGAAAAGGAGAAAUUAUUUUGGGACCUGUAUGCAGAGAACACAAUUCAUCAGUUUGAGAAGAACGUUGUUUCAUAGGACCUUUUUAAAUGAACAUAAGAAUCUUAACGAUUGAGAUUAGCAUCAAUGCGCAACUUACCUACAUCAUUACUACUAAACAUCUAUUACUUAAGAACAUCUAUACGUUAAUAAUAUUGUAAGGUUGGAAAUGUUUAUAAAUAAUUGAAAUGUAUAUUUAUGAGCCCUAUCAAUAAUCUAAAUGAAAUGAAAAACGAAUUUUAAAGAUUUUAUAAAGAAUUAGGUAGUUUACUUUAACAAGUUCCUAUGUUGUGGGAACUCCAUUUGAAACAACCGGAAGGUUAAAUACACUAUGCUAGACAGGACAAGACAAACUUUUGUGAGACAAAUUCUGCAUAGUGUUGAAAAACUGAAAAGAAGUUGGCGAGAAUUAGCACUGGCGCCCUCAACAAACCCGAAGCCAAACACGUUUUUUGUAGUUUUUACUCACUGACAAAUUUAUAUAUUUCAAUGAAUGAUAAUAUUCUGGUGUUUCAGUUUGAGUUAUUUGAGAAGAAUAAAAGUAUUUCCAAAAAAGAUAAUAGAAAAUAAAUUUCACAAUUUCAUUAUUAUAUAAUUAUGACUAACCAUAAAUGUCAUCAAUGUAGAAAUCAAGUGUAGAUAAUCAGUGUAACUAGUGUCAAAAGAAAAAUUAAAGUUGUUUCAACAAUUCUAUUCAUGAGAUUGUCUAAAGUAAAGAAAUUUGAUUUUUUGUCUCUUUUUAUCUGGAUCUUAACAUCUUCAUACGAACAAAAACUUAACAAGGAC